GCCCAGACUACAUUCACCAGCGCCUUUCUUAUAAAUAUCUAAAUCAACCCGAGUACGCCAACAAUUUAACUCUGAAGCUUUGACUAAGCAACAUGCAUUCUCUAUUUGUGUUGAUGGGCCUGAUGCUGCUUGGUGCAGCGGCAGCCACCUUGCCACCUCUCCGCACCUACUUGCCACCCCAGGAAGACCUGGCUUCGCAGCUUGGGGGCAGUCUUAUAGCCCAGCGCAGGAUUGUGCAGCAGCCGCAGGUGAUCGUGCAGCAGCCGCAGCUUAUUUCGCAGCAGCCAAGGCUUAUUUCGCAGCAGCCACAGCUCAUUUCGAACCUGAUUGAGCCUCAGCUGAUUUCGCGUCGACGCAUAGUGCCCCAAGUGCAGAUCCAGCAGAUCCGUCCUCAGAUUAUCGCCCAGCAACCUAUCCGCGUAUUGCCCCAGGUCCAGCGUAAAAUCGUGACAUCCACUGUGUCGCUGCCGCAGCAACAGGUGGUUGUGGCCCGCCCCCAGAUCAUUGCCCAGCAACCAAUACGCGUAUUGCCCCAGCGCCAGCGUCAAAUCGUGUCAUCCGUUGGGUUGCCGCAGAUUCAACCACAGCUAUCUCGCACAUAUUUGCCACCUCAGGAUAUACUUGGCUAACUCCAAAAACCCACACAAAAUGUAUUUGCAUAUAUGUUUUUAUACACAUACAUAUAUGCAUAUCCGUCCGACGUCGGUUGGCUAACUGGUUUCGACCCGAGCCGCUAGCCAUUUUCAAAUGCUAAUUCUCUUACUAGAGUUCUUCUGUGAAUGCAGAAUAUAUUUCCAGUUGAUUUGCAUUUUGCCGAAAUUGUCAGAUAAUAAAGAAAGAUAAUAAAGAAAACGAAAAACAAAA